AUGGCGAAUCGUUGGUGGGCUGGGAAUGUGGUGGUUAGACCCACAGACCCAAACUCUUCUUCUCCAUCGCUUCAGAUGAGGAACCCUGAAGAAGACCAAGGUGUCGUUAACAGAGUUGGGCCUAGACGAGAGCAAGAGUUCAUCGUCGACAACACCAACACCCCAACCAACAGCAGCAACAGUAACACCAACGCAAACACCGCAGAGGACGACGACAACAACGACCGCGACGCCGACGACCAGAACCCUGGAAGCCACGAUACGGCGGAGAGAGGUGGAAGCAGCCGCCGGCCACGCGGCCGGCCUCCGGGAUCGAAGAACAAGCCGAGACCUCCUGUGGUCAUAACCAAGGAAAGCCCAAACGCGCUUCGCAGCCACGUGUUGGAAAUCAGCAGCGGCUGCGACGUCGCGGAGUGCAUUGCCACCUUCGCUAACCGCCGGCACCGCGGGGUGUCGGUGCUGAGCGGCAGCGGCGUCGUGACCAAUGUCACCCUCCGGCAACCGGCUGCGCCUGGUGGGGUCAUCACCCUUCAGGGAAGGUUCGAGAUACUGUCUCUCUCCGGUGCGUUCUUGCCGGCACCUUCGCCGCCGGGGGCCACCGGGUUCACGGUGUACUUAGCGGGUUCUCAGGGUCAGGUUGUCGGCGGCACGGUGGUGGGGUCAUUGGUGGCUUCGGGACCUGUUAUGGUGAUUGCAGCUACUUUUGCUAAUGCUACUUAUGAGAGGUUGCCUUUAGAGGAUGAGCAAGCUGGUGAAGAGGAUAUGCAAGUGCAGCAACACUCAGGUGUCAAUGAAGGUGGUGUUGGUGGUGGUGAUGGUGCUGCAACUCCUGUUUCUCAGGGCUUGGGUGAACAACAACAGGUUUCAAUGCCAGUUUAUAAUUUGAAUCCAAAUUUGCUACCAAAUGGUCAGAUUCCUCAAGAUGUGUUCUGGGGUCCUCGCCCUCCUCCUCCUUACUGA